CGCCUGCCUAUUAUUAGCCACGGAGCGAGGCCCUACUGUAAGAGGAGGGUGGCUGCAUGACGGUCAGGGCUGCAGCUCUGCAACGCACCGGACACAUUUUUGCAAACUACCAGCCUCUUCUUGCUUUCCUGUAGCGGCGCAGUGGCAAUCUUUGCGCGGAUCCACAGCGGUUUUCCUCCUCCUCAUCAUCACAUCAGAGCUUUUUGGAUCACAUUGCCUUAAGAUGACGCUAAAAACGAGAUGCCGUCAGGUGCGAGCCGCAUCCGAUGGUGCCCAGCUCUUUCUCAUCGAUAAUGCAGCACUUCCUCUUGUCGCGGUCCCAUUUGACAGAAUCUGAUAUGGACUAUGAGAGGCCAAACGUUGAAACUAUCAAAUGUGUUGUGGUUGGAGACAAUGCCGUUGGAAAGACCCGCCUUAUCUGCGCCAGGGCUUGUAAUGCCACACUCACUCAAUACCAGUUACUUGCUACACAUGUGCCCACGGUCUGGGCAAUCGACCAGUACAGAGUUUGUCAAGAGGUAUUAGAGCGCUCAAGAGAUGUUGUGGAUGAUGUCAGCGUGUCCCUUCGACUAUGGGAUACUUUUGGAGACCAUCACAAGGACCGGCGUUUUGCAUAUGGAAGGUCAGAUGUCGUUGUGCUGUGCUUCUCAAUCGCCAAUCCCAACUCUUUGUACCACGUAAAGACCAUGUGGUACCCCGAGAUCAAGCACUUUUGCCCCCGUGCUCCUGUCAUCUUAGUGGGUUGUCAGCUGGACUUGCGCUAUGCAGAUCUGGAGGCAGUGAACAGGGCACGCAGGCCCUUGGCCAGACCAAUCAAAUCCAAUGAGAUUCUUCCUCCAGAGAGAGGCCGGGAGGUGGCCAAAGAGCUAGGAGUCCCGUAUUAUGAAACCAGUGUUGUUGCUCAAUUUGGAGUCAAGGACGUCUUUGAUAAUGCUAUCCGAGCUGCUCUCAUCUCACGCCGCCAUCUGCAAUUCUGGAAAUCUCACCUCAGAAAUGUUCAGCGGCCCCUCCUUCAGGCUCCCUUCCUGCCACCAAAACCUCCCCCACCUAUAAUCACUGUGCCUCCUCCCCCAUCCAACACAGAAGAGCGUCCGGUCGGUCUCCUGGAGGACCCACACUGUGCUGAUGUCGUCCUGGUCUUGCAGGAGCGACAGAAAAUCUUUGCACACAAGAUAUACUUGGCAACAUCCUCCUCAAAGUUCUAUGACCUCUUCAUUAUGGACACACAGAAUGAGGAGACUGAAAAGCCCCCUCGAGGUCCUCUGUCUGGCAGAGAGCUGCUCAUGCGUGCUGCUAGCUUUGACGUUUGCGAGAGCAGCGACGAUGGAGAUAGGGCCAACUUGAGAGCGUGCACAAGCGACGGCACCUUGAAAGACUUUGAGGGGGCUCGACGGAGCAGAUUGCUUUCCUCGUGGAGUCGAGCCUUCGUCAGCAUCCAGGAGGAGCUGGUGGAUGACCCGGUCACAUACAGCCCCAGACUUAUGACCGUAGUGCACAUGGACCAGUCAAUCCAGCUCAGCCCUUUCCGAGCAGUGCUGCGCUACCUGUACACCGGUCAGCUAGAUGAGAACGAGAAAGACCUGAUGCAAGUCGCACACAUCGCUGAACUACUGGAAGUCUUUGAUCUACGAAUGAUGGUGGCAAACAUUCUAAAUAAUGAAGCCUUCAUGAACCAGGAAAUCACCAAAGCCUUCCAUGUACGCCGCACAAACAGAGUCAAGGAGUGCUUGGCUAAAGGGACCUUUUCUGAUGUAAUAUUCAAACUAGACGAUGGGACGAUCAUGGCCCACAAGCCUUUGCUCAUCUCCAGCUGUGACUGGAUGGCAGCUAUGUUUGGUGGGCCUUUUGUUGAAAGCUGCACCAAGGAGGUGCUGCUGCCCAACACGACACGCAGCUGCAUGAGGGCUGUGCUGGAAUAUCUCUACAUGGGAAGGUUUUGUUCUCGGCCUGACUUGGAUUCCAUGGAGCUAAUUGUACUUGCUAAUCGCCUUUGCCUCCCCCACCUUGUUGCUCUGACAGAGCUCUACACAGUAACAGUAUUGACACAGGCAGCGAUGAUGGGAACAGACAUUGAUGGCGAUGUGCUGAUAUACUUGGAUAUGGCUCAGUUCCAUGGUGCUCAACAGCUCACCGGAUGGUGUCUGCACUACAUCUGUACAAACUACAACAGUGUCUGCCGCAAGUUUCCUCGUGAAAUGAAGGCAAAGUCACCAGAGAACCAAGAAUACUUUGAGAAACAUCGUUGGCCUCCUGUUUGGUACUUGAAAGAAGAUGACCACUAUCAGCGUGCACGCAAAGAGCGUGACAAGGAGGACUACCUGUACCAGAGACGACAGUGUAAACGCAAAUGGCUCUUCUGGAACAUUCCCUCAUCCCCAAACUCAAACUCUUCAUCUGGCUCCUCUGCUGUCAUUUGACCAUGGGUACGGUCCAGUCCGGAGCACAUUAUUGUGUGUGUGCAAGUUGUCAAACAUAGAGCAAACAAUAAGCUAUUGUAUACUUUGAGACUAUUAAAGGAGACACUCUCUUCUCAAGCCUUUACAGGCAAACGACACUCCAGGUUUCACAAGGUCAGCUCUGUAUUGGACUCAUGAUAAAGACUUUUGUUUAGUAGGAGUUAGAGCUUAACAUGUAAAAGAUUUAGCUUCAGAGAUAUGAACAUUACCAUCUUAUGGCACAGUAUAACUGGGGCAAAUCUCAGAUCUUAUGGAUUGUCAUAUUUUUCCCCGUUGGAGUUUUGAAUUGAAAACUGGACUUUAUUGGCACAAACCUUUCCACCUGUGGUCAAAAUCAUCAUCGGUUCACCUGAACUGAUAACCAAGUGCUGCUUACCAGCUGCAACAACCAGCAAUUCAACACUGGACAGAAGUCUCAGAGAUAUAACACUUUGCCUCUAAGUGUUUUGUAGAAUCUGCCGAACUUUGUGAAUAAUAUCCCACCUACAGGACGUAACAACAGCCUCACUGGCAAUCAGUGCAAACGUCAUUCAGUAUCAAGUUCUAUCAUACUGUUGGCAUAGAAAGAAAAAGCAUACAAGCAAUUUCUAUUUAUUUUAUUUUUCUACAUCCAUUUCAGUUUCUCAAAAUGUGCAAAAUGCUUGUUUAAAGUGGUAUGAGUCGUUACAUUCUCAACAUUUAAAUAUUGUGAUCUCGUAGUCUGUGGCUUCUGGUCGCAAAAGGGCUUCAUUUCACAGGAAUGCAUCAAAUAAUUAUAAAUCAAUCAAUGGUUUUUCUGUUAAAUGGAAGAGAAACAAACCAGACCACUCACAUAUAUAUAUAUAUAUAUACACACACACACACACACUGUGCUGCUGUUACAUAGCAGCACAUAAUAUUGCAGUUUUUGCUAAGUCAGUGAAUCAAAUCAUUCAGACCAUUCUCAUUUGGGAAAUCAUUUCUUUUCAGAACUCUGCAAGUGUCUCUGGUAGUAAUUUGGACUUUACAGAUUUAAUGAACAGUGAUUUGGCAGUUAGCUUGGUUUCUGAAUCACAAAUGUGGUGGGUUUCUGCACGGAGUCUCCAUAGAUACUCAAAAAAGUUCUCUCCAAAAACAUGCAUGCUUAGGUCGACAUUCACUGUAUGAGUGAUUGAGUCCUGUCGUCUAGUAUGUAGGGUGGGUGGUGUGUGAGGUAUUUUUUUAGCUCAGUGAUGGAGAUCUGUCAAGGAUGCACUUCAAUAGAUAGAGGCUGAUAAAGUGUGCUGGCUGUCAGGUAGGAAAGAUCAUGCUGGGUAUGUCAGAUGAUCGUUUCUAGGUGAAAUCCUUCCUCUUCCAUGCACCUUCAGUUGUUCUGGACUUCAGACAUGUGCAUAUUAAUAUGAAACACUCAUUAUGAUAAAAAAGAGACAACAUCAUACCUGUUAAAGACCUUCAAAGCUGUAAAGAUGGAAUAACCAUUCUUUAUUUUUUCAUCUCAGGCUGCAAAUAUUCACAUGAAUGUCAUCUAACUGAUUGUAGGAGAGGCUGGAGAACCAUUGGACAUAUAGACGUGUAGAAGGAAAUACAGUCAAAUGUAAAAAAAAAAUCAAAGAUAAGUACAAACACAACAAUGACAUCAACAUGCUGCUACAACAAUAGUGUGCACUGCAGGCAGUGAGCUGAAUCUUAACAGUUUUAGACUUGUCAUUGAAUUUCUGUUCAGCUACUUUUCUCCAACGGUAUUGUGCAGACUUACAGGUACAGCUGACAUAUACUUUAGUAUAGAUAAAACAAAUAAAGGUCGACUAAUUGUUAAAUAGGGUAUCCCAUGCUAAGUAAAGUAAAUAUGCUAUUAUUAAACAACUUAAUAAAGGUGUAUGAAAUAAUCAUACAUUAUGUUAUUGUUACUAAAACUCAGAUUUCUAAUAAGAGCAUUAGUGUCAUAUCUUUAAAAAAUACUUUAAUAUUUUUUACACCAUUUUUAAUAGAACAAUAUUUAAAGGGAUGUUAAAAGGGAAAAAUAUAUAAACACACAGUGAAAGAGCCAGUUUAUUACAAAUAUAAAAUGACUGUACAGGGAGCAUCUAAAUAGAUAAAUAGAUCACUGAUCUCUUAAGUAAAAGUAAAAUAUAAGGCGGUGCUGAUGAUUUAAACAGUCACUUUAAAUUAUUCUAUCACAUUAAAUCACUUAUGCUAAUUUCAUACAUUAUUAUUGAGCUUUUUGGCACAGAACUUCAGUCUUUAGAAGACACAAAUCAGCUUUCAUGAGCACUGCAGUGCCAGUUUUGUAAUAAUUCAGAAUAUUGACAUAGUUUCAGUAAAACUAACUCAAACACACUCAGAACGAUCUACUUUCAUAUCAUUUGCCUUUACAUAGUCCGAUAAAGUUCAUAGAUGUACAAUGCAUUCCUCAGUGAUUCUUCUGUUGAUGUUUUGCAUCAACAUCACCUCAUGCCUUAAUGUACAGCGUACUGCAGUUUAUGGUAUUGAAUGUGAAGUUGCGUUAAUGUGGUCUCUAGCUUGUUUGCUAUAUCUAAAGGUGCCAUGGUGCUCUGUAGGCUUUGUGUGUAUCAAUAAAUGUGCACAAUCCAUCAUUUGGAUGUAAAGGAAUCAGCUGGUGUUGGUCAACUGAGUGUGUUUUUGUUUGAAAACCGUUUAGAGUUUAUACCAUUUAAAGUUAGAAACACACAAAAAAAAGUUAUCUAAACUUGGCCCGACACGGCUAGGCAAAAACGUUGACAGGUCAUCAAAUGAAUUGAUUGCAGGGAUUUCUGAUCAAUUUCACUGUUUUAAAGUUUCCUUAAUGAGCUCCAGCUUUUGAUCCUAGUCAGAAAAAUGCUUGCACAAUGCAUCUACUAAUAAAAGAAUAAGUCAAAUAUGUAUUUACUGUAUAAUGACUUCUGAGGUUCAAACUCAACAUAGUAACUGAUAUAAGCUAUUGCAUAGUUCACCACCUUUUUUCUUUUACUAUGCAUAAUGAAAUGCCAACUUGCACUGCUUUGUAUCACUGGUUCUCCUAAAAUUGCACCAAAUGCUUUUGCAAGUUCGUUAGGAAUUAAAACCAUCAGGUGGGAGAAAAAUCUGAUCAUAAAUUAUAAAAAGGUUUUCACUGGGACCCUUUUCACGUGUCUGGGUGCUAUUAUCACAGCUGCAGAGAAGCACAAACCAAAGGGAGCUUUAGCAGCACCAGGACUAAAAGGUAUAUGCUGCACAGUCACUACUGAAGAGUUUAUGAGGCCUUGUUAAAAAAAUUAAAAUUUAAAAAAGACAAGAGAAAAAAUAACUUGAAUGUUUUCUUAGUGUUUGGAGCCUGGUGGACAUUUUUGUGACCUCCGGGUGAUUUAGUUGUUUUAAAGAAGCUGUUUUUAUGGUUUAGGAGCUGUACGUUUAAAAUUCUGUAGCAUGUGUUAUUGAAAAUGUGUAAAUAAUGUUUAAAUAAAUGAAUAAACACGUACAUAAUGA